UGAACAAAACUUUACCGCUAAAAGUGGGGCUGUGGAUCCAGGCGCUUCAGUAAUGAUCCCGUUAAACUGAGAUUUCAGUACAGAUUAAACACACAGAACUGCAGAUAUUAAACGGCUGAACACUGAAACCUAAACAUGGACGAAUAUGACGAAAUGUACGGAAUCGAGGAUGAUUUCGAGCAGCAGUUCGCGGACGAGCUGGAGGUUAUGGCUGAGAUGGACUCUUUCGAGCCAAACUGCAACGGAAAGGUAUCAGAGUUUCGCAAUAAGAAGCCAGUGCCGCAGACGUUCGAGGACGCUCUUGUAUCUGGGGAUUUGGUGUUGGAGGAUCCUCCUCCAGCCACAGAGGACCCAAACUGUGAUGGAGACGAGUCGCUGACGCCAAAGGCAAAAAGGCGAAAGCAGGACGUGGCUAAAAAGCUCCUCUUUGAUGGAAAACAGGAUGAUGACAUCACUCCUCCCUCUUCCCCUGAGGUGUAUGACACGUCAGAGAAGAGCAGGCCUGGGUUUGCGUUGACUCUCUCUCCAGACAGGCCACAAGUCGCAAUGACGGCCAGCUUGUUGGACAUCAGUGGUUUUGGAGCGCUUCAGGAAUCACCUAAGAGAGCUCCAACUGUAACACGCCAUGUCCUGAAACGUCCACCGGCUACAGGGGAUUACAUCACUGUCACAGACUCGAUGGGAAACCGAGUUUAUCUCAACAAAAAAGAAGACGAGGAAAAGGCACCGGAUCCAAGACUUUUCCGAAACUCCUUGAAUUCUCUGGGACUUCUAUCUGUACCCAUCGAGGUUCUCAGAGAGCAAGUAGCAGAGAGGCGUCAUCGUCAGUUGGUGGAAGAAUCCCAGAGGUUAACACAGCUUUUGAACAGCGGUAUAGAUCCAGAGCUUCUUGCAGAUGAGGAGACUGAGGAUGCUGGAGAAGGUGAUGAUGGCACUGUUGAUGAAGGCUCCUCUCGCUUAUGGGUGGACCGUUUUGCCCCAAAGCAUUAUAUGGAGCUACUGAGUGACGAUUUCACCAACCGCUGCCUGUUGAAAUGGCUGAAGCUGUGGGACACAGUAGUUUUCGGCAGAGAGAGGAAGCCCCGCCCAGCUGUACCCGAGGUCCGGCCGAAUGCUACCAAUGCACAAAACCAAAACCAAGCUCAGCGCUUCAAAACUAAGAGCCAGAUCACUGAAGAAAUACUGGAGGCAGAACUGGACCAGUACAAAAGGCCUAAAUAUAAGGUAGCACUGUUGUCUGGCCCUCCUGGACUGGGGAAGACCACCUUGGCACACAUCAUUGCCAGACAUGCAGGAUACAAUGUAGUUGAAAUCAAUGCUAGUGAUGACCGCAGCGCAGAACUCUUCCAGAAGCGCAUUGACACGGCCACACAGAUGAAGUCUGUGCUGGGAGCUAACGAGAAGCCAAACUGCCUUGUGAUUGACGAAAUCGAUGGGGCUCCUUCUGCUGCCAUCAACAUCCUGCUGACGACUCUGAAUAGGAAGGACAGUAGAGAGGGAGAGGACUCGAGUGCAAAUCCCCUAAAGAAGAAAAAGAAGAAAGAGUCUGUGUUACUUCGACCGAUUAUCUGCAUCUGCAAUGACCUUUACGCUCCAGCUCUGAGGCCCCUGAGGCAGCAAGCAUUCCUACUUACGUUUCCCCCCACCCAGCCCUCUCGCCUGGCACAGAGACUGGCAGAGAUCACCCGGUGGCAGGGAAUGAAAGCGGACACAGGCAGUCUGAUGGCUUUGUGUGAAAAAACAGACAAUGACAUUCGCUCUUGUAUCAACACAUUACAGUUUUUACAUGGCCGUGGACAGAAGCAGUUGGAUCAGCGGGUUGUGAAUUCCAUGUCUAUUGGACUGAAGGAUCAGAACAAGGGGCUUUUCUCAUUGUGGCAGGAAAUCUUUCAGCUGCCUCGACUCAAAAGGAAGCGGGCUGGAGGGGAUGUUUUUGGUGCUCUUGAGGAGGCGGGACUUAAAGAUGGAAAUCAAAGGCUUCAGCACAUCCUCCACAUGGUCUCAUCCAAUGGAGAGCAUGAGAAACUCACUCAGGGUCUGUAUGAUAAUUUCCUCAGUAUGAAGCUGAAGGAUCCAGGGCUGUUGGGUGUGUGUUCAGGGCUGGACUGGCUGUGUUUCUCAGACGUGGUGAACGAGACUAUAAUGCACGGCCAGAACUACUCGCUCAUGCGCUACCUGCCCUUCCUCCCUGCUGCCUUCCAUUUCCUGUUCGCAGCCAACUCCGUCCCCCGCAUCAGCUACCCCAACAGCCACUACGAGGCUCUAACAAAAACCCAGCACAACAAGAACGCCGUCGUUUCCAUGUUGACGGAGAUCCCGCCUGCGAUCCGGAGUCGUAUUUGUCAGAGCACUCUCUGCCUGGACUUCCUCAGCCUUUUGAUGGAGCUCAUUUGCCCCAGACUGAGACCCGUGAAUCCUCAGCUCUACAGCACAAGAGAGAAACAGCAGCUCUGUGAGCUCAUAGACACCAUGAUUAACUACAACCUGACCUACAGGCAGGACCGCACACCUGAGGGCCAGUACACCUACGUACUUGAACCUAAUGUGGAGGAUGUGGUGCGGUUCCCUGGUCUGCCCCCACGGAAGCAGUUGACCUAUCAAGUGAAGCAGCUAAUAGCCCGGGAGACCGAGCUGGAGAAGAUGAGGAGGGUCGAGCAAGCUCAUCAAAAACGCAACCCCCAAAAGGUGGUGGAAAAAGAACAGCAGGUGAAAAAGCCGGUGACGACAAAACCCACGAGCAAGAACCAUCAGCAACGUCUGGAGAACAUUGUCAAACAGACUGUUGUGGAAGCCAAACCUGAAUUGGAUUUCUUCGGACGAGCCAUCGUACCAAAAGAGAAGCCUGCUGUCUGUUUAUCAACAGGUGAAGAUGGGAAACCAAACUUAACCUUGCAGAUCGGAAAAGCUGUAGGAAACAGUGACGUGUGGUUUAGGUUCAAUGAGGGCGUGUCCAACGCUGUGCGCCGUAAUGUUUACAUUAGGGAAUUGCUCUAAUGAUGGUUAAAAAUUUGUGAAGAGAUAAAACCAGAAUGUUUCCAUCUGGAUAAAUGUAUUAUAAUUCUACAUAUUACAAGUGUAUGUAAAGAACUGCUUUUCUUCUUACAAUCUAGGGCCGACUCUGUGAAUAAAUAUUUGUGAUUUAUUAUUCAUG